GAGGGGGAGGGGAGGGACCAGGGGGCGCGAAGAGGGGGAGGAGAGGCGGGCCCAGAGCCCCCCGCUGCUGGCGGCCACAGGGCGGCUGGACCAGGAGGUCGGUGUCCAGCCCAGGAAGGGAGCCUCAGGCUAGGGAGGGGCAGAGGCUAGGCCUGAGGCCUGGACCGCUCUGUGAGCGAGGACCCGGUUCCGCCCGAAGGAUGAAGACUUGUCUUUAAAGAUGACAACGUACAGGAAAGGCCCAUCAGCCGAUCUCCCCCUGCCUGGGCCCACAGCGCCCCCCAAACCCUCACCACCCUCUCUCACUGCCUAGCCUGCCUCCCUACCUUCUCUCUGAGGUCGCUCCUCAUUCUGGUGUUACCCAGGACAGGGACCUAGCCAGAAACCGGCAGCAUUCCCCCUUCUGUGGAGUGACAGUAUCUCCCUCUCAUUGUAACUUAUCCUCAGGCGCAUUCGACAGUCCCCUCUUGCUUUCUCACCCCCUUCCUUCACCCAAGGGACCCUCUGCCUCUCCAGCCCACUCCCAGCCUCCUUUCUCUUGGUUCCCUGGUCAUGCCUGCCUCCCUGUCUCCUGUCUCUCCCUCCCACACACACCCACUAUCCUCCCAGCUAUCCCAGCACCCUCCUUCCUAAUCUUGGGAGACAUCUCGUCUGGCUGGACGGGAAAAUUCCAGGAUCUAGGCCACACUUCUCAGCAGACAUGCCCAUCCUUGGGGAGGAGGAACAGGAGAGAGCCUGAGGAAGUUCUGGGGGACAGGGGGAUGAUGGGAUCAAGGUCAGGCCAGGAAGCCCCUGAGGACAGAGACUGUGGGGAGACUGGGACUGGGAAGAAAGCAAAGGAGCUAGAGCCAGGGCCAAAGGAAAAGGGGGGCCAGCAGGGAGGUAUUUGCGGGGGAGGUCCAGCAGCUGUCUUUCCUAAGACAGGGACACAUGGGCCUGGUUAUUCCUCUUGUCACAUGUGGAAUGGUAGGAGAUGGAAGAGGGAGACAGAACAAGCAAAGGAGGGCCCUGGGCACAGAGGUCUGUGUGUGUAGCCAUCCAAGCCACUGGACCCCAGCAGACGAGCACCUAAGCUCAGGCUUAACCCAGUGCACGUGUGCGCACAUACAUGUGCCCCGCACCUGACAGUCCUCUCAACCCAUCCAAACCCUUUCCCCAUAACACCAACCCGUAACAGGAGAUUUCUCUCAUGUGGGUAAUAUCCGUGUUCCCACUUCGAAAGGGGGAAUGACAAGAUAGGACUCCCUAGGGGGUUACAGAAAGAAAAGCAGGAAAGCAAGCAUCCUGUUGGAUUUCAGCAGCAGGUGUGAUGUCCAGGGAAAAGAAAUUUGGAUAGCCAGGGAGUGAAAACCCCACCAAUCUUAAACAAGACCUCUGUGCUUCUUCCCCAGCAACACAAAUGUCCUGCCAGAUUCCUCCUGGAAAAAAACUUCUGCUCCUGUCCCCCUCCAGGUCCCAGGUUGCCCAUGUCCAGGAAAAGAUGGAUCCCCCUAUCCAAAUCUUCUCCAUGGUGUGUGUGGGUGGAGGAGUGGACCCUGGUCCAGGCAGGGGCUCCAGGGAAGAGAAGGCGUCACUUCCGGGGGCCUUCACCAGUGUCUGGUGGCUCCCUUCUCUGAUUGGGCAGAAGUGGCCCAGGCAGGCGUAUGACCUGCUGCUGUGGAGGGGCUGUGCCCCACCGCCACAUGUCUUCCUACCCAUCUGCUCCCCAGAGGGCUGCCUGCUGUGCACUUGGGUCCUGGAGCCCUUCUCCACCCGACGGAGUUUCACUCUUAUUGCCCAGGCUGGAGUGCAGUGGCGCGAUCUCGGCUCACCACAACCUCCGCCUCCCAGGAUAGAUUCCUCAUCCUUGGCCCGCCUUUGCCCCACCCUACUCUGCCCAGAAGUGCAAGAGCCCAAGCCGCCUCCAUGGCCCCAGGAAGGAUUCAGGGGAGAGGCCCCAAACAGGGAGCCACGCCAGCCAGACACCCCGGCCAGAAUGGAGCUGACUGAAUUGCUCCUCGUGGUCAUGCUUCUCCUAACUGCAAGGCUAACGCUGUCCAGCCCGGCUCCUCCUGCUUGUGACCUCCGAGUCCUCAGUAAACUGCUUCGUGACUCCCAUGUCCUUCACAGCAGACUGAGCCAGUGCCCAGAGGUUCACCCUUUGCCUACACCUGUCCUGCUGCCUGCUGUGGACUUUAGCUUGGGAGAAUGGAAAACCCAGAUGGAGGAGACCAAGGCACAGGACAUUCUGGGAGCAGUUACCCUUCUGCUGGAGGGAGUGAUGGCAGCACGGGGACAACUGGGACCCACUUGCCUCUCAUCCCUCCUGGGGCAGCUUUCUGGACAGGUCCGUCUCCUCCUUGGGGCCCUGCAGAGCCUCCUUGGAACCCAGCUUCCUCCACAGGGCAGGACCACAGCUCACAAGGAUCCCAAUGCCAUCUUCCUGAGCUUCCAACACCUGCUCCGAGGAAAGGUGCGUUUCCUGAUGCUUGUAGGAGGGUCCACCCUCUGCGUCAGGCGGGCCCCACCCACCACAGCUGUCCCCAGCAGAACCUCUCUAGUCCUCACACUGAACGAGCUCCCAAACAGGACUUCUGGAUUGUUGGAGACAAACUUCACUGCCUCAGCCAGAACUACUGGCUCUGGGCUUCUGAAGCGGCAGCAGGGAUUCAGAGCCAAGAUUCCUGGUCUGCUGAACCAAACCUCCAGGUCCCUGGACCAAAUCCCCGGAUACCUGAACAGGAUACACGAACUCUUGAAUGGAACUCAUGGACUCUUUCCUGGACCCUCACGCAGGACCCUAGGAGCCCCGGACAUUUCCUCAGGAACAUCAGACACAGGCUCCCUGCCACCCAAUCUCCAGCCUGGAUAUUCUCCUUCCCCAACCCAUCCUCCUACUGGACAGUAUACACUCUUCCCUCUUCCACCCACCUUGCCCACCCCUGUGGUCCAGCUCCACCCCCUGCUUCCUGACCCUUCUGCUCCAACGCCCACCCCUACCAGCCCUCUUCUAAACACAUCCUACACCCACUCCCAGAAUCUGUCUCAGGAAGGGUAAGGUUCUCAGACACUGCCGACAUCAGCAUUGUCUCAUAUACAGCUCCCUUCCCUGCAGGGCGCCCCUGGGAGACAACUGGACAAGAUUUCCUACUUUCUCCUGAAACCCAAAGCCCUGGUAAAAGGGAUACACAGGACUGAAAAGGGAAUCAUUUUUCACUGUACAUUAUAAACCUUCAGAAGCUA